CAGAUUUUUCCAGCAGGAAUGCAGCCUGAGGGGUAACGGGUCCCCAUGUCUACUUAUUUGGCAGUGCAAUGGCAAUCCUGGCCGGUGAAGUCACACUUAGAUAGCCCCAAUGUUUUCUAGAGAAAAGGUUGCUCUUAUCUUUGCUCUUGACAGAAACUUCCUAAGGAGGGAGUGGACUGGUAUUGUUCACCUGAAAAACAACACACUACUACCAAUGAGUCAGAAUCAGGACUUAAUUAAAACCAAGCAGGAGUUAAAGGUUUGUUACUGUAACAAAUCCUUGUGUAAGCACUCAUCCAAAGAAAUGCAUGUAUUUCCCAGGAAAACUACCUCAAGGUAAACUGAUGACAGAAGGGCAAGAAUAAUUUAUGGCUGCAGCAGAUACUGUAUUUUGCCACAACCAGACCAUAAGAAGGAAAACUAUUUUAUUACAACGGUGUGUUUUGCUGCUGGCUUAUCUUGUAAUUACACUGGAAGCAGUGCCUAUAGACAUAGACAAGACAAAAGUACAAGAGAAGGAGCAUGUAGAGAGUGAAAAAGUAGAUAAUCCGGAUACUGGGCUCUAUUAUGAUGCUUACCUCAGGCAAGUGAUAGAUGUUCUGGAGACAGACAAGCAUUUCAGAGAGAAGCUGCAGACAGCAGACAUAGAGGAAAUAAAGAAUGGAAAGUUGAGCAAAGAGCUAGACUUAGUUAGUCAUCAUGUGAGAACAAGGCUGGAUGAAUUGAAAAGACAAGAGGUUGCAAGAUUAAGGAUGUUGAUUAAAGCCAAGAUCGAUUCAUUUCAAGAUUCUGGCAUAGACCAUCAAGCACUUCUCAAACAGUUUGAGCAUCUGAACCACCACAACCCUCACACUUUUGAAGCUAAAGAUUUAGACAUGCUCAUCAGAGCUGCCACAAGUGAUUUAGAAAACUAUGACAAGACCCGUCACGAGGAGUUUAAGAAAUAUGAGAUGUUGAAGGAACACGAAAGGAGAGAAUAUUUAAAAACACUGGAUGAAGAAAAGAGACGUCAAGAGGAAGCAAAGUAUGAGGAAAUGAAGAAAAAGCAUGGUGAUCACCCCAAAGUUAACCAUCCUGGAAGUAAAGACCAACUAAAAGAAGUAUGGGAAGAAGCAGAUGGGCUGGACCCUAAUGAAUUUGACCCAAAGACCUUUUUCAAGUUGCAUGAUGUCAACAGUGAUGGUUUUCUGGACGAACAGGAAUUAGAAGCGUUGUUUACUAAAGAGCUAGAAAAAGUCUAUGAUCCCAAAAAUGAAGAGGAUGACAUGGUAGAAAUGGAAGAAGAGAGGCUACGAAUGAGGGAGCAUGUCAUGAAUGAGGUUGAUAUUAACAAGGACCGGUUAGUGACUUUGGAUGAGUUCAUAAGAGCUACAGAGAAAAAAGAGUUUUUGGAGCCGGAAAGCUGGGAGACGUUGGACCAACAGCAGGUCUUCACUGAAGAAGAUCUGAAGGAAUUUGAAAUUCAUAUUUCCCAACAAGAAGAUGAACUGCAGAAGCAGGCAUUAGAACUUCAGAAAAAGAGAGAAGAGCUACAGAAACAACAAGAUCAGUUACAGGCUCAGAAACAAGAACUUGAACAGGCUGUUCAACAAAUGGAAAAGAAGAAAUUACAACAAGGACAUCCUCCCUCAGGACCCAACGGAGAACUGAAAUUUGAACCACCUGGAGUACAACCAGUUGCAAAUACUCAAAAUCAUCCAGCAGGAAACAGUCAGCAUUUACCACCAGGAAACAUACCUGUACAAGAAGCAGCUGCUGGAUCAGAUCAUGUCAAGUCUCACCCUUAACCACUUGUGCCUCAACUUUAUACCACAUUUUUGGGAGGGAAUGGGUGGGGGAAAGUGAUCAGAGACUAAAAAUAAAUUGGAAAAUGAA